UUCGUAUCCAUGGCCUCUACCCAAUCCGUCGUGAAAACCCGAGCUGGGCAUCGUCAAGGGGAGCAACAAGCGUUAGUGCCAGCAGUCUAUAUGCCCUCGACGCCAGAUUCAACAGCGCCAACCGUCCACAUCACGAACAUCUACGUCGAGUUGGCCGCUGACGAUUAUUCUGUUGCUCGAGUUCGCGGCGCGACAUCCGGCUUGCCCCGACAUUCCCGCCACAGAGCUGAAACGAGGGAAAUAGUAGAACUGCGAGAACCAACCACAGCCGAGCGACUGUGUUUAGUCCUGCAGGCCAGCGCUAUUGCGACGGUGUUGACCUUGCUCUUGCUCACUGGCGCAGUGUAUUGGUUUACGGGAUAG